UUAUUAAUGCGAUGUUGUUGCUUGUUUACUCUUUGCAUUGUUGUGUACCUCCGGCCCCGAACGAUUACGCAGUUUCAGGUUUUGGGGUGUGACACCCAAUCUCCUGCGACACCGUCUCCGCAGUCUUUUCAGCUUCAUCGCAACUUCACCAGACGCUUUUCUCCAUUCAAUGAAGAUCGUUGAUUGCAAGCGGUCAUCAUCUAACCACUCUAGAAAUCGACUUUUGCUGGCCUCAUCUAUCUGAGAGAAAUCGAGUUUCGCCAGAUGAAACACAUACAAAACACACUUCAGUCUUUCGAUUUUGACCAACAGAUGGUUGGGCAUCGUCGGUCCUGCCCUGUUGCUGUACAGAUAUGCCAAAAUACACGACAGAUCGACCAGAUAAAUUCCACCGACACCGACUUCCAAAAUUGCAGCUUUCGGUUAGACUUCCAAACCAGAGGUUUUUUUGUCUCCAGGACUACAAAUCGCCAGACUUUCAGCAAUUGAUUCAACACAAUGAUGGUAUCAAGGGAUAGAAAAAGACAAGUAGAUCGAUUGGAGAUAUUGAUGCUGAGAGAAGGAGAUAUUGAUACCGAGUCAGACAAACGGGAUUUAAAGAAACUGAAGACUGAUGAAGAUGAGGAAAGUGUCAAAGAAAAAAAGAAUGCAACAAAUAAAAAGUGGGCUAUAUGCGAAACUGCUAAUAUACCCAGUUUUGAACCAGCGGUUGCAAUUGAUUUCGAACCUACAAACACUUUCUGCAACAGGUUUUUUGUGUGCAUAAGACAAUUAUAGCAUUUAUUAUGACGAUGUUAAUGGUGAUGUGGAGGAUUUUAUGGAUUUUAGUCGGAACAUUUAUCCCAAUGGAGAACAUCCCAAUGAAAAACAAUAUCAAAGUUUGACUAGGAAUCACUUCUUCACCAAUAUACUUUCUAAAGAGAGUGUUUAGUUAAUGGUUGGUUUUUGUCGUUUUAAGAUUUGAUUGGUUAAUUUUUUUGUUGGAUGGACAGGCGGAGACGUUGAUUGAGCUUCUACAGCGGCCAAGAUCCGGCAACAACACGGCCAACCAGGAUUUGACAGAUUAACAUGUUCUCCUUCCAUCAGAACACACACAUACUUACAAACAUGGGACAAAAAAUUGUAUAUGCUCACGGUUGCUUCCUAUGUUUUGUAAGACACAAAUAUUAAGUUUUAUUUAUUUUUGUUAAAUUUUAGUUCUUAAUGUG